CCCCCUCAAAUUCUCACAAGAAAGAUUCCUCGGAACUAUCAAUCAUCAGAAACAGAAAUGGCUAUGGCUACUCGCGCGAUUCGAUACCAGUUACCGUAUCUUCCGAGAUCUGUGGUUACGAGAUGCGAAUCAUCGGAACCAUUUAAGCAGAUCCAGAUCCAGCAACGACCUAGAGGAGGCGAUUUGGCCGAGAACGGUAAGAUCGUUCUUCAACCAAGGCUCUGCACUUUGAGAUCUUAUGGAUCUGAUAUGAUCGUCGCUAAAAGAGACGGCGGAGAUGGUGGAGGAGGAGGAGGUGGUUCUGAUGUUGAGUUAUCGUCUCCGUUUUUUGAGACGCUUACUGAUUACAUAGAGAGUUCCAAGAAAAGUCAGGACUUUGAAACCAUCUCUGGAAGACUCGCCAUGAUUGUGUUUGCGGUGACUGUGACGGAGGAAAUCGUUACGGGGAACUCAUUGUUCAAGAAGCUUGAUGUGGAAGGAUUAAGUGAAGCUAUUGGAGCUGGUCUUGGAGCCAUGGGAUGCGCUGCGAUUUUCGCGUGGUUAACGAUUUCUCGGAACAGAGUUGGACGGAUCUUUACUGUCAGCUGCAACUCGUUCAUUGACUCCUUGGUUGAUCAGAUCGUCGAUGGGUUGUUCUACGACACUAAGCCUAGUGAUUGGUCUGAUGAUCUUUGAAUUUGAUGAAUUAUAGAUACCACUCCAAAUGUAUAAUCUCUCUAUCGUCUAUAAUACAGUAGUAGUAGUAGUACUAUAGUUCUUGAAGUUCUUGAAGAUGAUAUUGAAAGUCUUUGUAACUUUUGUGUCUAUAUAUAUAUUAUACAAGUUAUGGAAUA